UUUCAGAACCUAUAAUAAAGCUGAUUGUACAAAAUAUGAAAGGAAGCUCCAAGUCGGCCACAUAUCAAUCUCCGAAUGCGAAACCGUUGACUGUUCGUGCAAGAGCCGGAAGUACACCAGGGCUUGAUAGUAAGCAGAUUCAUUCGCUGAUUAACAAAAACAACACUUUCAAUCGAAUUCUAUGCAAGAAUGCGGAUACUGUUGCAGACUCCCCGACACCAACUCCAUCACUGACAGCAUCCCGAUCCUCGUCGGUCAUCUCAAUCGCAUCGACAGUGUCAACGGAGACCGUCGUCAGUUCUGGAAGACUGAUCAAAGUGGCACCCGCCAAGGUGCGCCAAUCAAAGUCGGCCAGUCGUUGGCCGGGAUUCUGCCAUUCCGUUCAAGACACAUUCUCGAUUCUAUCGGACGAAUGUGAUGUAACAGAGACCCCACGAACUCCGGUUUCUCUUUCAAAUGUGGAGAUUUUCGACUCUGACAAUGACUAUCCAGGCACUGGACUCUCUCCAAAAUCCCCACCGUUCUCGGAAGGAUCCGAAGAUGUGUUCGAGAGAGUCAAGACGGCGAAGGUUCCAACGACACCUGUCAAAGCGUCGGUUACCAAUCCAUUCCGAUCCCUUUACAUUGAUGAAGUAGUCUGGCAAAUUGACGAUGUUGUGUUCGCGUCAGCGAUUGAUGCAGUCAACAAUAAUUCCCUAAUGUGCAGACUAAAUAUUGAGUUUAUUUGUGAAAUUGCUGAUGAGACAGCGGAUCACGUGCAGGAGGCUAGACGCCAAAACCGUGGCUUCGAAUGUCCAUGCUUUUGCAACCGUUCGAGCAGUCACUUCCGCUACUACCUCUCAUAUAGCUUGCCGGAAACUGAGCAGAGAUGCAUGAUGCUUACUGAAGACACAAAGUUGAAUGAUAUGUUCGACGGAUUUCUCGAUUUGGUGCAACGUGCUCGUCGUGCAAAGCGAAAUGUGCUAGUUUGCAGUACAAGGGGCAGAAAUCGCGCCCCAGCAUUCGCCUCGGCAUAUCUCAUGAGCAAGGAGCAGAUUCCACGUCAGGCAGCUGUGGCAAAAGUUCGCACAGCUAUGGGUACGAUGCGACCACCGGUGAACAUUUCGGACUUUAUGCAAAGAAAAUUGAUGAGAUAUCAGCAACAUCUGGGAAUUGACCUCUCCAAUGCGUAUGACCCAACUCAUACUCUUCCACUGUUCCAUGUCAAAAGAUCAGCAUGGACUUAAUCUUCUUCUUAUCACCAAAUUCACUGAUUAUGCACUCGUUUUUUUGGUCGUUAUCGUAAAAUUUCAUUUUUUUCUUGGAAUCAAUUCGGUUCGUCGUCGUCUGAUAUUUUCAACUCAACUACUUCUAUUCUAUUUUUGCUUAAAAAAUAAAUUUUUGAUUUUG